AUGGCUGAUACGUGUCGUCAGAGCAGUGCCAGCCCCAGUCCCGACACAACCUGCGAGCGCUCGGUAGCCAGAGGUGGUGUGAAAACCCUGUUGCGUGGAGUCAUCUUCCUAGCAUGUUACACAAAGGGCCUGAGGCAAUCUGAGAUCCUGGGGUACAUCAUGACGAGCGGCCGGACUAUGGAGUCCACCAAGGAGUUCUUCUCGAAGCAUCACUAUUUUGGCUUGAAGAAGGAAAACGUCAUCUUCUUCCAGCAGGGCAUGCUGCCCGCCCUGGGGUUUGAUGGGAAAAUCCUGCUGGAGGAGAAGGGCAAGAUUGCCAUGGCGCCAGCCUCGUGCGGGCUCGGUGCCAGGUCCUGCCCGCACCCUCUGGGUGUGCCUGAUGCCCUGUCACCCAGCCCUGCCACCUCGCCUGCCCCCAGUCGCCAUCGCCAGAAGCGCCUGGGAGGGGAGGGCUCCAGCAUCCCUGUCCCCGCUAUCCUGCGCGGGAAGAUGCUUCUGCAGGGGCUGCUGCCUACGAGGGGUGUGGUGGAGAAGACCAACCCCACAGAGCCGGUCGGCGUGGUGUGCCGAGUGGACGGUGUCUACCAGGUGGUGGAGUACAGCGAGGUCUCCCUGGCCACGGCCCAGAAACGGGGCCCAGAUGGGCGGCUGCUCUUCAACGCUGGCAACAUUGCCAAUCACUACUUCACCACCGCCUUCCUCAAAGAUGUGGUCAACACUUACGAACCGCAGCUGCAGCACCACGUAGCCGAGAAGAAGAUCCCACACGUGGACAUCACUACGGGGCAGCUGAUCCAACCCGAGAAGCCCAACGGCAUCAAGAUGGAAAAGUUCGUCUUUGACAUCUUCCAGUUCUCCAAGAAGUUCGUGGUGUACGAGGUGCUGCGCGAGGACGAGUUUUCUCCCCUGAAGAACGCGGACAGCCAGAACGGCAAGGACAACCCCACCACAGCCCGACACGCCCUGAUGUCCCUGCACCACUGCUGGGUUCUCAAUGCGGGGGGUCACUUUGUGGAUGAAAACGGCACGCGCAUCCCCGCCAUCCCUCGGUGAGUUGCUGCUCCCGGCGCUCCUCCGUCCUGUCUGGGCUGGGUCUGCUCCGUCCUGCCUCAGGGUCUGGAGAAGUACGUGAAGGACCGAGAGUUUCGCGCGCCUCUGGUCAUCGACGAGGACGGGAUCCACGAGCUGGUGAAGAAUGGGAUGUAGCGGCGGUGCGGUGCGCGAGCCGGGCUGCCCGUCCCGCCUGCUGGGCUGGGAAUUCGGACACAUGAAGGUUUAUAGCUGUAACUGGCAGGGGCUUAUCCUGCUUGCUCUGGCCCUGCGCACAGAAGGAUGCGACCCACUUGGCAUCUUGUACGCUUCUAUU